AUGGCUGAUAGCAAACCCAGCAUUCAUCAGCUGAAAGUAUCGAUCAACUCAUCCGCAAGUCUCACUUCUACAAAACGUUCAAGUUCUUUUUCCUGUGUUAGUGGUGAUGACGUCAGUGAUGACUAUAGGGAGAGCAUACCAAGGGAUAAAAAGAAAACGAAGAAAAAACCGUUUAAACUAUUUGAAAAGCGUCGCAGUGAAAUAAGAGAUGCAGACAGCACUGUAGAACAAAAACAAAAUAAUAAUAUCACUUUUAAACAGCGACUUACAAAUUUAUUCAGAAAGAAGGAUUCAAAACAGUACAAGUUUUCUCAUUCAAAAUCAGGCGACGAUGGCAAUGCUUUCAUGGACAUAGACGGUUCCUGUACUGACAUUUCUGACUUUGAAAACCGAACAAAAAAUGACAAUACAGCAGUCUUUCCAGAAACAACUGAAGAUUUUGCCAGGCGACAUUUAAUGAUGGAUAAAAAUUCAGAUAGAUCGGCCGAGAAAGAGGUUGUGGACGAUAAGCUAUCACCUCGAGUUAUCCACGUCAAAAGCAACAGUCCGGUGGAGGAGUGUAUCGAAACGCAACAUCGUGAAGAAUGUCAGUUAGAGACCGAGGAGCAUAAAUCUAAACUAGAGGAGAGAUUGCAGGAAAUAUCUAGGAGGGAAGAAGAACUUUCUCGAAAAGAAGAUGAAAUCUCAAGGAGAGAAAAGGAGGUUUUAACAAGCCAACAGAACACUAUUGAAACACUGAAUGAAGUGGCUAGAAUAAUUGGCAAUAUUGCACAAAAUCCUCGAUAUGUAAACAUAUCGCAGUGCAAAAGUAUUAAGAUAGGAACUGGAGACGAGGAUGUCAAACAGAAUUUGGAAUCCGUGUGCAAUAUACUGGAUAGUCUGUGUGAAAAGUAUGAAGAUAUCAAGAAUACCACAGAAAAAACUCUAGAGAGCGUUAAAGAUCUGCAAAAGGAAUCGACUGAUCAUAGAGAACAGUUACAUAACCUGGAAGAUUUCUUAGAAUCAAAACUAAGGCAUCACACAGUAGCAGAGGGACUACAUCAGAUACCAACACCUUCCAACAAUGUACAAGAGCAAGGGCAAAUAUGUAACACGUAUCUCUCAGCACCUUCAAAACCAUCUAACAAUAUCUGGGGACCAUCCAAUGUUCAUGACUUUGUUGUCAGUUCACAAGUGGCAUUGGGUAAGGAUAUGAAACAAGUAUUGACAGAUGUUCAGUUACUAACCAAACUUUUGUCUCAAUCUGAAACAUUAAACUGUAAUGUGGCAAUCAAAACACGACAAAGACAUACACAAGUGUGAGAAUUACUGGAAUUCGAUUUGAUAGAAAUGAAAUUUUCACCAGAGCUGAAGAAAGCACAAUAAUGGCAGACCAGGUGUGAACUGGGGGAUUUAUUUGAAUACAAGAAUUAUUUGAUUACCAGAUUACUACAAUAAAUUGAAAAUGUAUAGCUAAAUUAUGUGAUUGACGCUAAAUAUCAAUUUCAUUCUAAUACACAUUAAAUUGCUUAUCAAAUGUUCGGAAUGGAAUGUUGAAUAUAAACUGUAUUCAUUUUCAACUGUAAAACAAGUAUUAUCAGCUUAUAUAAAUCACACUUGUUGACCCGGAUGGUGUGCAAGGUGUCUUACUGUGGGAGGAAACAGGCGUACUGGGUCCCCCAUACCUUUUCCCGUUCGACCCUGGAAUCUAGCUCCGGUCGCCCAAGGGUGUGUAACCACUUAUUGUCCAAUCACCAAUAUAAGGACACUGUAUUAUACAUUAACCAUUGAUAAGAUGCAUACUAGCAUCUACCCAGUACUCGUCAUUACAUAAGGUUAAAGGGAAGUCACUCUUACACAUUUAUGAAGAAUUUCUAUUUAAUGUGAUAAUAACUACAUAUAUCUAUAACCAGAAUAUUUUACACGUUAUAUAUCUUUAUGUUUGGGAACUGAUGAAGCUUUUAAUCUUAAGUAUAGAAAUUUGUGUAUCGCCAUCUUAUGAAAUACUAACUGACUGCGGUGGGGUCGAAAAGCAGCAUUAUCUGUAAUAAAAUAUUUUUAACCACACAAAACAGUUCGUUGUUCAUGGUAUGAUAUAAAAAACACA